GCGUGGCUCGUUUUAUUUACGGAAGUCGGAACAAGAAGUUAGUUCCCUCGCGCGAAUGUGUAAAACGAAACAAUGUAACCUAUUUGUUAAAGUUUCUAUUUCUAUUUUAAUAGAUGUUAGUUUUAAAUAAAAGCUUAAGCAAGUUAAGUUUUCUCGGACCGAUAUUAUCAGCAUUACUAUGCUACUUAAGCUACUUUUUUACCUUCUACUUUAUUUUUCUUUCAGCCAGUCAAAGACAAGAAAUGUCCUUCUAAUCAUAGCUGAUGAUGCUGGUUUUGAGACGGAGGUGUACAACAACUCAGUGGUUCGAACGCCUCACCUGCGUUCUCUGGCCCAGCGAAGCCUGGUGUUCAACAACGCUUUCACAUCUGUCAGCAGCUGUUCUCCCAGUCGCUCUACUAUCCUCACUGGUCUGCCACAGCACCAAAAUGGCAUGUAUGGCCUUCACCAAGGCGUCCAUCAUUUUAACUCCUUUGAUGGAGUUCAAAGUCUGCCUCUACUGCUCAGACAAGCGAACAUACACACAGGUAUAAUUGGUAAAAAACAUGUUGGUCCUGGCUCUGUGUAUCCUUUUGACUUUGCCUACACGGAGGAGAACAACUCUGUCCUCCAGGUGGGGAGGAACAUCACCCGCAUCAAACUUCUGGUCCGAAAGUUUUUCCAGACCCAUAAAGAGGAAGUCUUUGAGAGGAAGCAGAAAGAAGAGGAAAACGGAACUAAUGGUCAAAAAGACGAAGAGAGGCCUUUUUUUCUCUAUGUUGCCUUUCAUGACACGCACCGCUGUGGGCACUCACAGCCUCAGUAUGGAGCCUUCUGUGAGAAGUUUGGUAAUGGAGACAAGGGCAUGGGAAACAUUCCUGACUGGACUCCACAAUAUUACACACCACAACAAGUCAAGGUUCCUCCCUUCAUGCCGGACACGCCUGCAUCACGAGCAGAUUUGGCGGCAUUGUACACGACUGUAAGCAGGUUGGACCAAGGUAUUGGAUUACUUCUGCAGGAGCUCAGGGAGGCUGGUUAUGAAAACGAUACCUUGGUCAUCUACAGUUCUGAUAAUGGCAUCCCCUUCCCCAAUGGGAGAACCAACCUGUAUCAGUCCGGCACAGCAGAACCCAUGCUGGUGUCCUCACCUGAGCACAUGAAUCGAUGGGGAGACAAUAGCCAGGCCUAUGUCAGCUUACUAGACAUCACCCCCACCAUUCUGGACUGGUUUUCUCUGCCCUACCCAUCAUACACCCUACCUGGCAGCACGGCAGUGCCAGUUCACCUCACUGGACGUUCUUUGCUGCCAGCCCUGAUCACUGAACCCAGCAGCUGGAACACACUCUAUGCCAGCCAAUCUCUACAUGAAGUAACCAUGUACUACCCAACUCGCUCUGUCCAACAAGGGGCCUAUCACCUCCUCCAUAACCUGCACUAUCGCAUGCCAUUUCCUAUCGACCAGGACCUUUAUGUGUCUGCCACCUUUCAGGACCUGCUAAACCGCACCAGACUGAGUCAACCAACAAACUGGUUCAAAACUCUGAACGAGUAUUACUACAGGGAACGCUGGGAACUAUACGAUACCAGGAAAGACCCUUUGGAAAGGAAGAAUUUGGCAUCAGAUGGUACAUACAUCAAAGUUGUGGAGGUCUUGAAGCAAAGUCUGCAGAAGUGGCAGUGGGAGACCGGAGAUCCGUGGGUGUGUGGGCCCGACUUCGUCCUGGAAGACAAGCUGGAGCCACAAUGCAGGCCUCUCUACAACCAACUGUAAAUGUUAUGACUGACACACUGUAUUAGGAGCAUUUAUAUUGCUCUUAAAAUAAUCGUAUUUCAUUCAUGUAAUGAUAUUAACAUUUUUAUUAUUGAAUCAUGUGUCAUACUUGUGUAUUAGGACUAGCAACAUGACAUUUCACUUGUGUUUAUUUUUCCAGUGGAGUAUCACAAUAUGCAUGUCAAUAAAUCAUUAUGAAAUGAAUUAUAUAUUGAUGGACACUUUUUAGAAGUACAUUUAAAAGUAGUACAUUUUAGUAUAUACAAACCCCAAAACCAGUGAAGUUGGCACGUUGUGUAAAUCGUAAAUAAAAACAGAAUACAACGAUCUGCAAAUCCUCUUCAACCUAUAUUCAGUUGGAUAGACUGCAAAGACAAGAUACUUAACGUUCGAACUGGAAAACUUUAUUUUUUGCAAAUAAUAGCUCAUUUGGAAUUUGAUGCCUGCAACAUGUUUCAAAAAAGGCUGGCACAAGUGGCAAAAAAAGACUGAGGAAGUGGAGAAAUUCACAGGAAGUUUGCAAUUCCCCCUUCAAAACAAACGUUUAGUAAAAACAGUCACUUUUGCCUUUUUGAGCUGUAAUUUGACCCCCUUAACAUCCUUCAAAACUCACCAACUGGAUACACACAUCAGGACUGGCAAAAAUUGCGCUCUCAUAAAAAACAUCAACCCCAAAACUCAAAAUUGCGCUCUAGCGCCCCCUAGGAAGAAAACACAGACACAACUGCUCCUAGGAAGAAAACUCAGACAAAACUGCCUGUAACUUCCAGUAGGAAUGUCUUAGAGACAUGAAACCUCUAUGUAGGUCUCACUUAGACCUACAUUUCAUAUAUUGACAACCCCCAGCAAAAAUCAACAGGAAGUUUGCAAUUCCCCCUUCAAAACAAAAGUUUUGUAAAAAGCGGUCACCUUUUUUCAAACAUU